AUGGGGGAUUUUAAAGCAAUUGGCAAAGCUUUCAUCGAUUUCUACUACAAUAAAUUUGAUACAGGUCCACGAGAAUGUGUAGCUGCACUCUUCGAACCUGUUAAUGGCAUGCUGUGUUUCAAUAAUCCAGAUUUUGCUAAAGGUGCUCAAGAAAUAGCAGACAAAUUACGUUCACUUACAUUUCAAACAAUAACUCAUAGUAUAUCAACAAUGGAUAUUCAACCAACUUAUGAUAAUUGUAUUCUAAUUGUUGUUACUGGUUCUCUUAAAGCCGACAAUGAUCCACCAAUGCAGUUUACUGAAACAUUUUUGUUACGUUGUAUUAAUAAUUCAUGGCUUGUCAUUAACAAUGUCUUUCGGCUUAUACUUCAAGGUUAA